AUGGUCAAGAAGAAGGCGUUCUCCAAGAUCUUCACUGCCAGUGAGGUCAAGAAGGGUUUAUUGGCAAACUCAUCGCGGGAAGAGGAGGUACCGGAGCGGUCCGAGACAGCCAACAGCUUUGACGAUGACUUUGCGUUGGAAGAUGACUUUCCUAUUGCACCCAAGGCAAUCCGUGAAGGCGAUGAAGACGACAUUUUUGCCGAGAAAAAGCAGGCCAGUGACGAUCUGUUCGACUUUCCCGAGGCUGGAGGGUUUUCUACCGAAGCCGGUGGGGCUUUCCCCGAAGAUGAUGAUGGCUUUCCAGCAGACAAUAACGAUGCAGAGGCAUUUCCAGAGGCGGAUCCAUUCAACUCUGGGUCGGGGGCGUUUGCUGGAGGAGGAGCGUUUGACAGUAAUAAUAUUGAGGCAGAAGAGGACGACGACGAAUUGGAUUUGAAUGAUGAAGAGGAUCUACCCGAGAUGGACCAGGCUGCCUUUUUUGCGAGUUUCUCCAACUUGGAGAAAGCUCAGGAGGCCAUGCAGGAGCAAAAGGAUGGCAAAAAGAAGAAAACGGGAAUUAAGAAAUUAUUCAACAAAAAGAAAGAUCUUGGAAUGCCAGGACCGGCAGCUCGCUGUGCCGAAAUUGUGGUGGACAAAUCCAAAAUCCCCACCACCAAAGUGGACAUGGAACUGGCGAAUGGAGAACUUGUCACUCCCAAACAGGAGCUGGCGUUCGAAGAGGAAGUACCAACUGAAAAGGCAGAAAAAGACAAGGAGAAACAGGGUAAAAGCAGGCUCAAGUCCUUGAAGAAAACUCUGGUCAAGACGGUUCGGGGAAACAAGGAACGACUUGACGAUUUGGAAAUGGGAGACUAUGAGCCUCCAGAGGUUGCUUUAGAAGACAAGGAAUACGCUUCGGAUCACGACCAUGAUGAUGCAUCAGACCACAACGAAGAAGAUGACGAAGAAGACGACCAGAGAGAAAUGGGAGACGGCUCGCAUCGGCACCAAUUAAGGCAAAGAGACCGAGUUCGUAAUCGCAGACGCCACGGUGGUGGAGGAGGAGGAGAACCUCCUGCCACUGAUCCGCAGCGGCGGUCCAGGCGCCGCGAAUCACACGUCGAUGGUCAAAAAAUGCGACACAGUUCCGGUGGCGGAGCGGGGGGUCGCCUUAGCAAAGGUGACAACCGGGUCAGACGCAGUCGCACGGAGGAAGUUAGCGGUUCUCGCAGUCGCAACGAGGAGACAACCUCGGGUGGCGGUCGCAGACGACACACUGUCAUGGACAAAUCAGGGGGAAGUCCCCACCGACGGACUUCGAAACCCUCCGCUUCGGAAGCCAUGGACGAUCAUUCCAAAAAGAAGGGCGAAAUGACAGACGAAUCUGGUAAGAAUCCCACCAUGGCGGAUGGGUCUGCACGAAACCGCCGAAGCGACCCGGUCGAUGGAUGGUCACGAGCUCCUCGUGGGGGCGACUUGCCGGAAGGAUCUUCUCGACAUCGAAACAGUGGUACUCGCCGUCACGGUCGUGACAGUGGAGGAGGUGGAGGUGGCCAUCAUCGUGAUAGCAGCGGCCGAAAGUCGAUGCGAAAAUCGAAAUCUAUUGACGACUCUGAAGCUCCUGCUCGUCGAAGCAAGUCGGGCGAUGGAUUGAGCACAUCGUCCCAUCAAGGCCUCAUUCGACGCAACCUGACGGAUAAUUCAAUGGGUAGGCGUGCCCAGAGCACUCGCCAUCUGAUAAAAAAAGAAGAGUCUCUGAAAGAGUCAACUCACAGACUCAGCAGUCGCGACAGACUGCGCCGAGCACCUCGCAGUGAACGGCAUUUGAUGGCGAACGUGGACAAGGAGAAGAAGCAGGCGGUGGGAAAACUGUUUGGCGGUGGUGGAUUAAAUGAGGAAAAGGAAACCAGACCUUCUCGUGGACGUGCUGGCAGUGAUGGUGACGCGAUCGAUGAUAUUCUUGAGGAAGGUUCAGAGGAGGACGCGACCGAGUCGGAGGCAGCGUUGGACAAGUCCAAUUUAGAGGAGUCAAAGGUAAUUGAUGAAAUACAUGAAAGGACGAGAGGAAAUUCUGCCGCUGAUUCUCCUGGUGCCGCUUUAGGGACAACGUUGUCGAAAGACGACGUCGCGAAAUUAGUGAUGGCCGUGAAGGCGGCCAAAGAUGACGACGACUUGGAAGCAAUCGUGAUGGCGGCACUUGGUGGAGGAGAGAGCGCAAAGUCGUUCGGCCUCUCCGUGGAUUUUUCAAAAUCGCUUCUCUCGGGUGAUCCUACGAAAUCGUUGGGUCUCUCCAUGGAUUUCUCAAUCGAUGAUGAUGACGAUAUGACGCUCGAAUCCGAUCUUGAUGACUCCAACGCCGCCAGGGAAGCCCACAAUAACGCACGUGACUACGUGCACUCUUUUCUGAAAAAGCACUGUGGCGGUAGUGGAGUCGGAAAACCCGAAGAGCGACAACCCAACAACGAUUACUCGAAUGCACUUUCUCGGCUUGGGAGCGACCACUCGGAGAAGAAGGAUGAGGAUGUUGGAGACAGCUCCAAAAAUGAAUCUUCCAAGAAGAAUAAAUCGUCAGGCGGCGGGCGACGACACAGCAACAACUACGUGGAUGUACUUGCCCAGCUUGGGAGCAACCACUCGAAAACCGAACAAGACGACAUGAACACAAAGACGACUAGUAAGAAGCUUGCGAAAACGGUGUCAUCUGGAUCGCAGCACGGAACAGCAAAACGUGACGAACAAUUGCGUCAGAGAAGGAGCAGUGUAUCUGGAGCGCUGCACGGAACAGCAAAACGCGACGAAAAGUUGCGUCAGAGAAGGAGCAGUGUAUCUGGAUCACAGCACGGAACAGCAAAACGCGACAAAAGCAGUCUCGACGUUGCAUGGAAAAGGGGAGGUACCGAGCAGGCAGAAGGCAAGGUCGACUUUUCAGUAGUUGCAUCGAAACUGGAAGCCAAAGCGGAAGCGAAGCGGAUUCGAUCUCACGCUCAAGUGGCUAUGGCAAAAUAAAUGGAUGGAUACUGUGUAUUAGAGGUGUGUGGAUGUGCCUGUGAUGGGGUAAUGUGAAAGUUACAAUAAGAAUUUAGUGCAAGAAUUGAAGUUUGGCCCGCCCAAUUUUGUUGUUGCAAUGAUGAUGCCAUCCAGAUCCAGACUUUUGGAAGCCCCAAACCCCUGAAUAAAUCGUAUUCUCGCCAGUGAAUGGUCUCUUGGGAAUUUGCUACUCUUAGCUAGCCAUUUCCAAAUCAUAAAAACAAGUUAUAAAAGUG